GGUCGGCCGUGGCUCAUCCUCUGUUCCACCUCGUGCGCUCGCAUCCCCGAUUCUUCGCUCCUUCCGUUUUGCCUUCAUCGUCUUUCUGUGGUUCUGCACUCGAUCCUUCUUCUUCGUCUUCUCUCUCUCUCUCUCUCUCUCUCUCUCUCUCUCUCUCUGUGAUAGUUGAGGAGAACGAUGUUGGGCGAUAAAGGUGGUGCGCUGCCGCUGGCGUCCUUGAACCACAUCUCCGUCGUCUGCAGAUCUUUGGUGAGGUCACUCGAUUUCUACCAGAACGUGCUCGGCUUCCUCCCCGUCCGCAGGCCCGGAUCCUUUGAUUUUGAUGGUGCAUGGUUGUUCAACUAUGGAAUUGGCAUCCACCUACUGCAAUCUGAAGACCCUGAGAACAUGCCGAAGAAGAGGGAGAUUAACCCCAAGGACAACCAUAUCUCCUUCCAGUGCGAGAGCUUGGCGUUGGUGGAGAAGCAGCUGAAGGAGAUGGGCAUACCUUACAUCCAGAGCGGCGUAGAAGAGGGCGGGAUCUACGUGGACCAGCUCUUCUUCCAUGAUCCGGACGGGUUCAUGAUCGAGAUCUGCAACUGCGACAACCUCCCGGUGAUCUCCCUCUCCGGUGAGCCCAUAAUGGCGUGCAAGAGGGUAAGCCUUAUUCCGCAACCACAGCAACAGCAACCACAACAACAGCAGCAGCAGCAGCAGCAACACCAAGAGUCCUGCGCGUGAAGAUGGAAGUCCAGUACGAUUGCUUAUCUUAUUCUCGCUCUUUUUCUGUGUGUUUGGAGUCGUGCAGGCGUGAUGUUGGCGACUUGCAUGUAUCGUCGCGAUGUAUGAACUAUGAAGCCAGUUGUGAGUUUGUCAUGUAACCUUCGUCGUUUUCCA